AUGAGCUGGAAGCCAAACCCCCACCAAAACCUCGGCCACGCGCUCGACAUCCACAAACCCCACGACUGGGGCGAUCACGGCCGGGACGGCCCGUCCGUGGGAGCGCCAGACCAGCCCGCCGGUGAUCCAAUGGGCAGGCAAGGCCUUCAACAAGGACCAUUUCGACGCCAUCAGCAAAGCCCACUACGAGAGGCCCAUGGUUUCAGUUGCCAAGGCGGUCUAGUCCGCGUCGCACUUUCGGUAUUUCUCACAUGUUAUGAUUGCUUUGCGAAUCACACCAGUGCCUCUGAUCCAAGGCCCCAUGCCACCGUGAUCCUGAAGAACGCGGGGCUGCAGCAUCGUAACCGCUGUGUCAAUGCGCACAUUCUGAACGAUGCGCAGUUCAACUACGUUGGACAUGAGAUCUAUGUACAGAAUGAAGUCGAGUUAGAUUUCGGGUCGAUCAAUUUUUUUGGAUUAUCGAUAGAUUGUCUGGGUUAG